AUGUCGCGUGUACAUUUUCUCGUCUCCCGCAUAGGCCGCGAAAUGACCAUAUGGUUAAAAACUUGGGCUCGUUCUAGGCAAGUAGCGGCGCCUAGUAUCACGCAGCGCAUCGAUCGAAUUGAAGAAUUUGUUCUCAGUCUUGCUAUAGACAAGGAAGGAGUCGCACUACACCACGAACACAUAAUGCCAUUUCCAACACGUGGGCUUGAACUUAUCAGCUCAUAUAACGGGAUACCAUUUUUUUCCAUCAGAGGUCAGGAAUGGGUGCAGGCCCGUACUGGAGAGAGGCUCUUCGUCAACCAAUCCCAUGAUUCUAUCCCUCCAUGGCAAAACGAACGAAGUUCGUGGCCUGACCCAUCGGCGCGACACCCAGUUGAGCUACCCGAUAUUAGCAUCACACAGGAGUGUAUUGACAUCUUCCUAAUCUCCCCAGUGUGUCUUGUGUUUCCUUUGGUCGAUAUAACUUUGCAUUUGAAAACGAUUAGCAAUGUGUAUCAUCCAUUACAGUCACGACUGUCUGAUGGUUUUACAAACCGAAACGCGAGCAGAGCUAGUAUUUUUGCUUUCCUUGCAUUUUGUUCUAUAAUUGACAUGGGAAUAACACCGCGAAUCUAUGUUGAUGGCGAGGCAUAUGCUGCAGAGGCACAUAGGCUGCUUCCAGAAAUUCUGCGGGAGACACCGACUUUGGAUGGCUUGCAGAGCUUGCUCAUGCUGGCGCUCUAUCAUACCCUCUCCGGGGAUUCUCGAUCAGUAGAUAUCCUUAUCGGCAAUGCUACACGCUUGAUCUUUAUGCUAGGGGGAAAUCUUUGCUAUGAGGACACUAACCUUAUGUCACCAUCGCCAAAUUUAUCAGAUCUGUCCUUCCGAACACGCUGUCACCUCAGGAAUCUGUUCUGGAUCUGUUAUGUCCUCGAUAAAGAGCUGUUCCUACGAACAGGCCGCCCUCCAUCUCUCUGUGACGAUGACUGUGAUCUCACCUUUCCCAUGGGGUAUUCAAACUCUAUAUCAGUAGACCAGAUACCACCCCAGCUGUCCGCCGGCCCAGAGGCUAGACCUCUAUUGUUUCCUACUGAUCUUAACUUGAGCAUAAUCACAUCGAAAAUAUACCGCUCACUUUUUUCGGCAAAGGCGCUUCGAAAAUCGGACACUGAGCUUUUGCGGACCAUCCGAGAGUUAGACGAAGAUUUGCAGAAGUGGAAAGGUAGCCUUUUGGCAUCAGACAGGAUGUUGGCUCACCUUUCUAAUGAAACACAGUCGGAACCUGUGACUGAUAUUCGGUCGAUUAUGUUACGGGUACAAUACUACCAUUGUGUAGCUGCGAUUCAUCAAGCUAGCCAUCGGUGCAAAGCGCGGAACGGAGACUUCGGAGAGACUAGGAAUGUCGUAUAUUCUAGUCAGGAACUGUCUGUUGAAGCCAGUCGGUCUUUGAUUCUCUUUUUACGUGGCGUUAAACAUGCUCUCUCGGAAGAUUACAUCUGGUUUGUCUCUCUCUCUCUCUCUCUCUCUCUCUACAAUAACAUGAUUUUAUUUCUUGCUGACUAUCAUUGUGGGUUUCUCCUUUUUUACCCCUUGUCCGCUCUACUGUCAAUCUUUUGCAAUCUUCUACAAAACCCGAAAGCCCCCCAAACAGCUAAAGAUUUGGAAUUGCUGAGUGAGGUUUCUCUCUGCUUAAGAAGAGCCGGCUUGGACGUUCAAUCGCCAAACGAUAAUUCUGUGGGGGCUCCUAUUGGUUUCAUUACGAAAUUGAAUAGGCUCGCGCUUUGUGCUUUUUUGAAAGUUGGCACGGGACAUUCUUGA